AUGGAAACAAGGGAACGAUUGGCUGUUGAGAGAAUUUCUCUCAAGGUUGAAAUGGGAAUUAGGUCCCUUGAUAACAACCGUCAAGUGGAUCACAAGGAAUUUAUGGCUGCUGCGGAGCGCCUCAUAUCUGAGGUAUCCGCAAUCAAAGACAACCUGCAGGCAGCCAUUGCAGACCAAUCUACUCUGUCCCAGAAACUGAUAGUUGAGACUCACACUACAUAUGAGUCCACUAUCUCAAUCCUCCAUGCAACCAUCAACAAACUCCAACGUUUCUUAUCAUCAAACUUCCAUGGCCCCGAAAUUCUCCAACUCACAAAGGAGAUUCAUAGGCUGCUCUUUAACACCUCCAUUCCUGACAAUCAACAACUAGCUGAGGUUCUCAAAGCCCAUUUCCAGGAGGUGUGUGCUAAAGUCGAUGGCCUUAAACAAUGGCUUGAGGAGUCUCUGGGUCUGAACUCCUCAAGAGAGGGAAGUGAAAAAGACCAUCGAGAAGAAGACUAUGAAGAAGAUCACCAUUCGAACAGUGCUUCUCAGAAAAUCCCUUCACCGCAACCCUCACCUCCACAUCAAUCUCCACCACCACAACAAAAUAUCGUUCCUUCCCCUGAACGACCUGAACCCCCCCCCCCCCCCCCAUUUCAAGAAUCUGGUGGAUCACAUGUCCUCUCCAAGCUCAAAUGA